AUAUGAAGGUGAUAUAAAAUUUGCAGAAGAACAAGCUCGAAAACAAGCUGAAUCAAUUCAAGAACGAGGACAUUAUACUUCUUCUGAGGAAGAACUUGCUCAAAAUGCGAAUAGAUGGAUGACCGAGGAGGCGAUGGUGGCUUUCAGAAGAUACAUCGAGAGUGAAGAUGAUCUUAAGGGAGUUGAGUAUGAAUUUGAUGAACUUCUCCAUCAAUGUUUUAAUGUGGAGCAUUAUUUAAAGACAUGUCAUCACUUCACCUUUACUGUCAAGAUAAAGAAGCAUGGCUCAGCCGAUUGGACAUCAGUGAUGUACUUCGCUGAGGUCCGCGGAAUAUUUAUGAUAAAGGAUUACUUCUGUUAUCCUUUGGACCCGGAUGAAAAUGGUCAAUGUUAUGCAUGUCAGAACCAAGGAAUGCAUGAGUUAAGGCACCCAUCAGUAGGGAUAUUUGACUGCGGCAAGGAAGAUGCAUCAUUUCCCUACUAUUGUGAGGAAAGUGACUCUGAUGAAUAUCAUCCAAAAAUGGAAUGGAGUGAAUCUGAUGAUGAUAUGAGUUGAUGG